AUGAAGGCAAAUCAAACAAUGACAUAUUUCAUUAUAAAGGGAAUAUCUGAUGUUCCUGAGCUCCAGGCUCCUAUAUUUGUUCUGGUUUUACUAAUUUAUCUCAUGUCUCUUGUUGGGAAUAUGAGUCUUCUCCUCCUGGUCUGCCUGGACUCUCAUCUUCACACUCCCAUGUAUUUCUUCCUUGCUAAUUUGUCUAUAGUGGACAUGAUGUCUUCUACUGUCAACCUACAUAAGAUCCUCUUAACCUUCAUCACUGGAGAUAACACAGUGUCCUACCUGGCCUGUAUGAUACAAUUCUAUUUAUUUGCAUCCUUGACAGCAGAUGAACUUUUCAUAUUGAUAGCCAUGAGCUAUGAUCGAUAUGUAGCUAUUUGUAGACCCCUCAAUUAUCACCUCAUUAUGAACUUUAAGAUAUGUCUUCUAUUGGCCUUAAUUUGUUGGAUAUUUGGUUUCACACAAUAUGCAUCCUUCAUCUGGUUUGUAUAUGAGAUUUCUUGUUUCUCCACAAAUGUUAUUGACCACUUCUGUUGUGACCUUGUCCCCAUCAUGGAAAUUGCCUGCAGUGAUACUACAAUAUUGGAAACACUGUCUAAUACACAAGGACUCAUGGUAUAUUUCAUUAUUCCAUUCCUUCUAAUUUUAGCAUCUUAUAUGUUUAUAAUUAGGUCCAUAAUGAAGAUACGUUCCAGUAUUGGUAGAAGAAAAGCCUUCUACACAUGUUCCUCUCACCUCACAGUAAUCGUGUUGCUAUAUACAACGAUCAUCUUUCAGUAUCUUAUACCAAGCAAUAGCUUAGGCUCCAAGAAAUUACAUUCUUUGUUUAACAUGGCUAUUGUCCCCAUGCUCAACCCAUUUAUAUACAGUCUUAAGAAUAAAGAUGUCAAAACAGCUUUUAGAAGGAGGAUUGGGAAGUGUAAAGUGAACACAUUUUGUUGUAUAAUUGUGAACACUGUGUCAGGAAUAGGGGGCAGGAAGAAGUGA